AUGGGGCUCUCAUUCACGAAGCUUUUCAGUCGGCUGUUUGCGAAGAAGGAGAUGCGUAUACUUAUGGUCGGUCUCGACGCCGCCGGUAAGACCACCAUUCUCUACAAACUCAAGCUCGGAGAGAUCGUGACCACCAUUCCCACCAUUGGGUUUAAUGUGGAAACUGUGGAAUAUAAGAACAUCAGCUUCACUGUCUGGGAUGUUGGUGGCCAGGACAAGAUCCGUCCUUUGUGGAGACAUUACUUUCAAAAUACCCAAGGACUUAUAUUUGUGGUUGAUAGCAAUGACCGAGAUCGUGUGGUGGAAGCCAGAGACGAGCUCCACAGGAUGUUGAAUGAGGAUGAGUUGAGAGAUGCUGUGCUUCUUGUUUUUGCAAACAAGCAAGAUCUUCCAAAUGCUAUGAAUGCUGCUGAAAUAACUGAUAAGCUUGGUCUUCACUCUCUCCGUCAGCGUCACUGGUAUAUCCAGAGCACAUGUGCCACAUCUGGUGAAGGACUUUACGAAGGACUUGACUGGCUUUCGAACAACAUUGCAAACAAGGUUAAUGCAGAAUAA